GCACCUCCUCACUCGAUGAAACAGUAUUCUCUCGAAAGGCGAAGAGUGAACAAUGGAUCCCUACCAAGUUCACUACUCAAGUCUGGACUCUCUGAUUACAGUCCUCAUUUGGUCAGUGCUCACGUUAGGCUUGGGAAAUGGACUUUUAUUCGGGAUCGUUUGGUGUGAGUGGAUUGAAAACGAUCGCUUUCAGACUCUCAUCAACCGCUUGACAGCACUGAAAUGCUUCUAUGCCAUUCUUAUUAAUACCAUCACAGGAAUGGUGAUUGGCAUUCGCUGUGCCAUAGGACCGCUUUCGUAUUAUUCAGCAGCCUUUGUGGUCACUCUCUUUGAAGGUCUGGUACUCUCCGGCUUGCUCACCCUCAUCGAGAUUGGCACUAUCAAGUUCCUCUACAUUGUGUGGUUCAAAUCCACUGGAGCCUUGUCUGAUGAGUUUUUCUUCACGUUCUUCAUGAUCUUGAACAACGCUUUGGGGAUUUAUGCCGUGAUCAUCAAAUUAAUGGCGGCCACUUGGAGGACCAAAUCGUUUUACCUCCUCAUUGGUGAAGACAUCAAGACCUUUGACGAGCAAGAACCCUCCCCACUCAUCCUGGAUAGCAUAAUCCUCGGAUGUCUGGUGUGCUCCUUGCACAUCAUCUUAUACGUUACCAUCUUCAUGUCCAACUUGAAACCGGGCGGUCGAGAUCGGAGCUUUCGGCGCGGCCUCAACGAUUUUGUGUUCCGAUUGUUCAUCAUGGUCUUGGCCUUCUUGGGAUUCAUUCCGCGUCAGAUUCGGAACAAAAUGGACAUGGAUUAUUUCCGGGAUCACCGGGUUGUCUUUGUGUCGUGUUCGUACAUGUUAUCUUUGAUCAUCUCAUUGGUUUGGCCUUUGUUGUACUAUUGGCGGAAUAAUCGGUGGGCCAAGUGUACAAUGUUGAAGCCUUUGAUAAGUACAAGAGCUCAUGAAAGAUGUCGAUUUUAAUCGGAGAAAGAUCAAUUUACUGGCUCAAACGUGCUUUUUGCUAUUUUCACACUAUUACUCGUUAUUUGUACUUUGCUGCUUUAUAUUAGCAAAUUUGAGGAGUUUCGCUGGAAAUCAUAUCAGUUUUGCGGCUUGGUCUAAUCCAAGAGAGGAAAUCACUCGGAAAACCGUUGUACAAUAUAUUUGACUGACAUGCUUUC